GUUGCUAUGGUGAUGUCGACGUCAUCCACCCUUGUACGGGCAGCGCCUUGAACGAGUGGAAUUGGAAGGAAAAGUAAACGCCGUCGACUGUUCGCACUGACAACGCUGAGAAGCAGCUGGAAGUUGAAAGGCAAAGCCGCUGCUAUCAGCCAUUACACAGUGAGCCAUCAUGAGUGGGGAAACCAAGGAGUACUUGAUCAAAAAGGCCAAACUGGCUGAGCAAGCGGAGCGGUAUGACGACAUGGCUGCCGCGAUGAAGUCUGCAACAGAAAAUAAUGACGUAGAACUGACCAGCGAGCAGCGCAACCUGCUUUCUGUGGCCUACAAGAAUGUAGUUGGGGGCCGUCGUUCUUCUUGGCGUGUUUUGGCCAGCAUUGAGGGGAAGGCAGAAAACGACAGAAAAAAGGAAUUAGCCAAAGAGUACCGGGAGAAAAUUGAGGCUGAGCUCAAGGGAAUCUGCCAGGAUGUUCUGGAUCUCUUGAAAGUUCAUCUCAUUCCAAAAGCCACUUCGCCGGAGAGCAAAGUCUUCUAUUUGAAAAUGAAAGGUGACUACCACCGCUACCAGGCCGAAGUGGCAACGGGGGAUGACAAGCAGGAAAUCAUCAAAGACUCCGAACAAGCCUACCAAGAGGCUUUUGACACCAGCACACAACACAUGCAGCCCACAAACCCAAUCCGUCUUGGUCUUGCACUCAAUUUCUCCGUUUUUUACUAUGAGAUUCACAACUCGCCUGAAAAGGCCUGCCAACUGGCUCAAACUGCUUUUGACAAUGCCAUUGCAGAGCUGGAAACGCUGAAUGACGAUUCAUACAAAGACAGUACACUUAUCAUGCAGCUACUGAGAGACAACUUGACAUUGUGGAAUUCUGACAACCAAUGUGAGGAUGUAUAGAAGCCCAGAGAGCAAAACCUUUUGUCCUUUGUCCACCUGCCAUCACCCUGACUCAUCUUUAUCAAGACCAUCAAACACUGAGACCAACAUAAUAAUGUCAUUGUUCUCCAGAGCUCACCAAAAUGAAUUUUGUAUUCAGCUCUGUUAAAACUCAUGUCACUCAUAUGGGUUUACAUUUUUUUUCUUUUGUAGAAAUUAUGAGGCUGGGGGUACAGUAUAGGGUACAUUUGGAAUUUAAUGGGUGUGUGUUCUUGGCUGCUAAUCUAAGUACUUUUUUUUGUCUGAGGCAAGUAAGUUUUAUACUUUAACGGUGGUGGGUCAGAUAGCAGGCUUUCAAGCCUUCAAAAUAAGAGUGCAGUUAUACUGUGUGUGUACAGCAUCUCAUUCAUGUGAGGGAUCUUGGUUUUCUUACCUUCUUGUGGUUAAUGUGAAUAUCACAAUUAUCUCUUCACAAGAGGAGACAUCAGCUGCUCUAAUUAGAGGAAUGAAAGCAGUCAACAAAACAAGACAAAAAGGACAGCCAAGUCGCAACUCACAGGUUACAUUCCAUCACUGUCCAAUGCUUGAAAUUUUCUUUCUAUAUUUUAUUGUAUAAGUUACAAAGUUUGGAGUCCACACCUUUUUACUGGUUUUCAUUUAGGCACAGAGAAAAAAAUGCUUACCUUUUUCUACUUUCCAUUUUACUAUCCCUUUUGUCAAUCUAAAAUGCAUAUAUUGGGCAAACAGAUUGUGAUGUGAGAGGUUUUUGUCAGGUUGGAUAGUUUUGUCCGCUUGAUUUGGAAUCACUCAAAUGUUUUUUUUUGAGGGGGAAUGUGUAAGUUCAAUAAAGAUAAUUUAAGUUUUAAUUCA